UUAUUUUCCAGCCAUUACCAUAUGCCUGUCCUCCCCAAUUAAGGUGUCACCAACCUCCUGUCGCCUAUGUAUAAUACACUGGUAGCAUAGUGUACCCUACUCUACCCUAUUACGCACUUUUGGAUGUAGCUGAAAUUUUACACGUUCUUCAUUCAGCAAUUUUCCAUGUUUUACAACAAUAACACUUAUUGUGGAGUAGUUUGUCAUAAUGGACAAAUAUAUUUUACACAGGCACUAAGCAGGCAGCCCUGGUCUGUCACCUCCAAUAAGUUGUUCAGAGAACUCGGCACUUUGAGGGACUGAACGCAUUCUAAAUGGAGCAGAGAUAUUGGAGAUAAAAAAAACUUAAAUAGCUAACCAUCCAAUACAAUUUUAAGUGGGAGUGUGGUGAGCGGCCGUGAUGGGUGACACGGAGCUGGGUCUGUCUGCUGUACAGCCAGAGGAACUAGAACCGCAGAGCCCCUCCACAGCCUCCUCCUCUCCCUCACUCUCUCUGCCCUCCUCCCCUUCCUCUGGAUCCUACCACUAUCAGCAGACCACCAGUCCCAGCCCCACUCACAGCGAUGGUCCAGCCGCCUCCAGCCCACCCCUGGAUGUCAUCUCAGAGGGCGUGGGCGAGCUGACCCUGGUCAUCGAUCCCGAGGUGGCCAAGAUGGCCUGCCAGGAGGUGCUGCAGAAGGUGAAGUUUCUCAAGGAAAGUGAGGGGUCAGGUCCUGGGUCUGAUGGUGGCAAUAGCACAGACCAAACACUGGUCAACGGGACUGUACAUACAGAGCCUAUCAAGCCCCCAAAAAUCCGGGAGGAGGACUCUGAGGCACUGCCUCCAGGCUCGGUGAAAAGCGCGCGGCGGCGCCAGCGCCACAACCCCUCCAAGCAGUCGUGGCUGCUGCGGCUGUUUGAGUCCAAACUCUUUGACGUGUCAAUGGCCAUCUCCUAUCUACACAACUCCAAGGAGCCGGGUGUGCAGGCCUACAUCGGCAACCGUCUGUUCAGCUUCCGCCACGAGGAGGUGGACUUCUACCUGCCGCAGCUGCUCAACAUGUACAUCCACAUGGACGAGGACGUGGGAGACGCCAUCAAGCCCUACGUGGUGCACCGCUGCCGUCAGAGUAUCUCCUUCUCGCUGCAGUGCGCCUGGCUGCUGGGCGCCUACUCCUCCGACAUGCACAUCUCCACACAGCGACACUCGCGCGGCACCAAGCUACGCAAACUCAUCUUCUCCGACGAACUCAAACCAGCUGCAGUCCGUGCCCGCCAGCCACUGACGUUGGCCCCUUUCUGCCCACUUCCGACCGCUGCACCAUCCCUGCACGGGCACGGCUUGGGCGGAGAGCACGGUCUGUCGCCUACUAAGCGCACGCAUCAGCGCUCCAAGUCGGACGCCACGGUCAGCAUCAGCCUGAGCAGCAACCUGAAGAGGACAGCGAGCAACCCCAAGGUGGAGAGCAACCAGGACGAGCCGGCGCGUCUGGCACCGCAGAGAGAGUUCAUCAAGUCCCAUGGCAUUGGGAAGCGGCUGGCCACGCUGCCCACUAAGGAGCAGAAGACGUCCCGGCUCAUCUCGGAGCUUUCGCUGCUCAACCACAAGCUGCCCGCCCGCGUCUGGCUGCCCACCGCCGCCUUCGACCACCACGUGGUGCGCGUCCCUCACACACAGGCUGUGGUGCUCAACUCCAAAGACAAGGCGCCGUACCUCAUCUAUGUGGAGGUUCUGGAGUGUGAGGACUUUGAGACGUACGUUCCGGUGCGGAUCUCCGAGAGGAUCCGCAGCACGCGCUCAGUGGAGAACCUUCCGGACUGCGGCAUCACGGCAGAUCAGCGAGCCGGGGGCUUCUCAACGGUUCACAACUACGAUGAGGAUAACGAAGCCUGGUCUGUGGACGACAUCGAUCUGCAGGUGGAGCUCCCAGAGUUCCACACCAACAGCUGUGACAACAUCUCCCAGUUCUCAGUGGACAGCAUCACCAGCCUGGACAGCAAGGAGCCCAUCUUCAUCGCUGCUGGAGACAUCAGGCGGCGUCUCUCAGAGCAGCUAGCUCACACACCCACCACAUUCAAACGGGACCCAGAGGACCCUUCAGCAGUGGCCCUCAAGGAGCCGUGGCAGGAGAAGGUUCAGCGGAUAAGGGAGGGCUCCCCAUAUGGACACAUCCCUACCUGGAGGUUGUUGUCAGUCAUCGUCAAGUGUGGCGACGACCUUCGGCAAGAGCUCCUGGCCUCUCAAGUGCUGCAGCAGCUCCAGAUCAUCUGGGAACAGGAGCGCGUGCCUAUCUGGAUCAAACCCUACAAGAUCCUGGUGAUCUCCUCUGACAGCGGCAUGAUUGAACCCAUAGUCAACGCAGUGUCCAUCCACCAGGUGAGUGGCUCAGAAAG